GCCCACGUUCUGGAAUCUGAAGCAGGUUGCUGUAAGAGAAGCUAAAGUGAGUGAGUGACAGUGUUAAACCCUUCUCACUCCUCCAAGAAUCUUGUUCCUUCCUUCAUUCCUUCGAUCUCCAUUCUCCAAUCUCUGAAAAUGGAAGUUUUACUCAAGAGGUUCCUCAGGGCCACGCCUAUCGCAUUCGCCAAUGCUUUCAAUGCCCAAUCCAAGUCCUCCUCCUCCUCCUCCUCUUACUCUUCCGCCAAAUUCCGCCUACCAUAUGCUGCUGUCGCCGCCGGCGUCUCCGGCGGACUCUCCUGCUUCUACUUUCUCUCCUCUCCUAACCUUGUUCAUUCAGAGCAGGCUGAAGAAGGGGAAAUAAAAAAUAUUGCACUUAAUCCAGAUAAAUGGGUUGAAUUUAAGUUGCAAGAUACUGCCAGAGUCAGUCACAAUACCCAGCUAUUCAGGUUUUCGUUUGAUUCCUCUAAAAAGUUGGGUUUGGAUAUUGCUUCCUGCAUUCUUACAAGAGCUCCAUUGGGACAGGAUGCUGAAGGGUAUACUCCUAUAUCAGAUCCAGAAGCCAAGGGAUAUUUUGAUUUGUUAAUCAAGGUGUAUCCUGAAGGAAAAAUGAGUCAGCAUUUUGCAAGCUUGAAACCGGGGGAUGUUGUUGAAGUUAAAGGGCCCAUUGAAAAGCUCAGAUAUACCCCUAAUAUGAAGAAGCAUAUAGGCAUGAUUGCUGGUGGCUCAGGAAUUACUCCAAUGCUUCAGGUAAUUGAGGCGAUAUUGAAGAAUCCUGAUGACAAAACUAAGAUAUCAUUGCUGUAUGCUAAUGUGUCCCCAGAUGACAUACUGCUUAAACAGAAGCUUGAUGUUCUAGCUGCAACCCACCCUAACUUAAAGAUAUUCUACACAGUUGAUAAUCCAACAAAAAAUUGGAGGGGAGGCUCAGGUUUAAUAUCAGAGGAUAUGGUUGUGAAAGGUUUACCUGCUCCUGCUGACGAUACUCUAAUACUUGUGUGUGGCCCCCCGGGGAUGAUGAAACACGUAUCUGGUGAGAAGGCCAAAGAUUGGACACAAGGAGAGGUUUCUGGUUUACUCAAAGAAGCUGGAUACACUGAACAAAUGGUUUACAAAUUCUGAGUAACUGUAGGAUUUAUUUUCUAGCAUCUGAAGCAUGCUUGGCAAGCCCCAAUUUGCUGUGUAAUCUGUAUGCCAAAAUGGUUUCUUCUGGAAGAGGGCUACAGGUCAAAGUUCGAACAUGCAAUAAAUCUAGAGUAGCAGAGGGUAGAGAUUUGUUUUUUUCCCAUCGUAUUUCUCAAUUUUGCGAGUAUUUAAAAUCGCAGGUGUUUAGAAUGAAUAUCAAUAAAGGGUUUCAACAGAACUACAGUAAUACAGUUCUUUCAGCUCAAUGAGAGUAAAACUACCAAUGAAUAAGUACAUUUCUGUAUACAAUUAUAAUAAUACUGUAACAUUUUGUUUGAGCA